UAGAAUCAUUGAAGCUAAACAACCCGUGGUAACACCAUGGUCCACUCACCAAUAAAAAUCCAACACUCAUCAAAUCAUAAUAAUCUUACCUCAUUUUUUAAUUUCCCUAUUUAUUUACACCUUCCCCACUUCACUCCCAUUUUUAUCACUCCAUUCCAUUCCACUCCACUUCACUUCACUCACCAAAAUUACCAUAAUGCCCUCACCGCACCACCACCUUCUCCUCCUCCUACUUUCUUUCUCCACCUUCGUCCACCACUCUCUCUCCUCCUCAACUCCCUUCCUCAACAUUUGCAAAGCCACUCAAUAUCCUCUCACGUGCCAAUCCACCCUCCUGGACUCCAACCCGAACACGACCCGUAACCCAAACCCGACCCAUAUCAUCCAAACCACACUUUCACUUUCAUCCCACCACAUCCAAACCGCUCAAUCAUUGGUCCAUGACAUACUCCGUACAUUCCCUAACCACCAUAACCGUACACUAGCCUCGCGUACGUGCCUUGAUUACCUCACUCUCUCCUCCUACCGUACACGUAUUUCCUCUAAUGCCCUCACAUCACGUGAUACUCUUCAUGACGCACGUGCAUGGGCUAGCGCUGCGUUAACUUACCAGUAUGACUGCUGGUCUGAGCUUUCUAACGUCAAUGGGACGCGCGUGGUUGACAAAACGAUGUCGUUUUUGAACUCUACUCUAAUGCAGACUACUAGUAACGCGCUAAGUCUUCUACACGCGCUGAUCAACUAUGGGGAGGAUACGACGUCGUGGCGUCCUCCUUUAAUGGAGCGUAACGGGUUUUGGGAGAGAGGUAGUGGGUCCGGGUCAGGUCUUGGGUUUGGUUUAGGGAGAGUGGAGUUGAGGGGAAGGGUAAAUGUGACGGUUUGUAAGGAAGGAAAGGCGCGUGGGUGUUACGCGCGAGUGCAAGAGGCGGUGAACGAGGCACCAGCGUGGUUGAAGGCGAAGGGGAAGGAUAGAUUUGUAAUUUACAUUAAGGAAGGGGUGUAUAAGGAGAAUGUGAAAGUGCCCUUAGAGAAGAGGAAUUUGGUGUUUUUGGGUGAUGGAAAGGGUAAAACGGUCAUUACAGGGUCAGUAAAUACAGGGAUUAUGGGGAUCAGUACGUAUAACACAGCUACUGUUGGUGUUAAAGGAGAUGGGUUCAUGGCGAGUGGGAUAACAUUCCAGAACACGGCUGGCCCAAAUGCACACCAAGCAGUAGCAUUCCGAUCAGACAGUGAUUUUUCCCUUGUCGAAGAUUGUGAGUUCUUAGGUAACCAAGACACCCUUUAUGCACACUCCCUUAGACAAGUUUACAGAUCAUGCAGCAUGGAGGGCAAUGUGGACUUUAUAUUUGGCAAUGCAGCUGCCAUCUUCCAAGAUUGCACAAUUCUAGUCAGGCCGCGCCAAGUGGACCCCUCAAAGGGCGAGAACAAUGCCAUCACAGCUCAAGGGAGGACGGACGCUGCUGAGGCUACUGGGUUUGUCUUUCUAGGAUGUCACAUUAGCGGAACCAAUGAGUACAUGAAGCUAUGGCGAGAAAAUCCCAAGGUCCACAAGAAUUACCUUGGAAGGCCUUGGAAGAUGUACUCGAGGACAAUGUUCAUACAAUGUACAAUGGAGGAUCUUAUAUCACCUGAGGGGUGGAUGCCGUUCAGGGAUGACUUUGCAUUGUCUACUCUUUACUAUGGGGAGUUUGGGAAUAAGGGACCAGGGGCUGAUUUGUCUAAGCGCGUUAAGUGGAGUAGCAGGAUUCCUGAAGUGCACCUGAGUGCAUAUUCUGCUCAAAAUUUUAUACAGGCUCGUGAAUGGAGUUCUAGCUUCUGAUUCCUUGCACGAGGAAGAAUGAACUAGUUGGUGCUCGGCAUUUUCCUAUAUAUUACUUUGUAUAAUCUAUUGACUGAUGCAUAUAGAUUGGACUUGCCAUGUACACACCAAUUUGAGUACUCAGAUAUGAAAAAAGAUUACACUAUGAUCAAUGAGCUCAAAAUUCUUA